AUGCAUUAUUCUACUCUUGUACUGGCUACAUUUGUAGCAAAUGUUGUCGGCCAUAGUUGGAUAGAGCAGCUAAGGAUCAUUGAUGGUAGUGGAUCAUUCACAGGCCAACCUGGCUAUAUUCGAGCAUUCACACCAAGGACUGCGCCUGGUUUCAAGGACACUUCCCUUGUCCACAUCCUGCCGCCCUCCGAUCCCCUCGAGGCACGCGACGACAAUGCCGCCAGCAAGAACUACAUCACGCAAGGCAUCUCAGCAACAGACCCAAUGUGCCGGAAAUCGCAACAAGCUCAAACCCAGACACCAGGUUUUCCACGACUCCAAGCUCCUGCUGGUUCAAUGGUCGCUUUAACGUAUCUGGAGAACGGCCACGUCACUCAACCCCAGGUCCCUCCAGGCAAGCCUGCCGGCAGUGGUGAUGUCUACGUGUAUGUGACCAGUCAACCAAAGGCCAACGAGAACUUCCUAGACGUUUUCCAAAAAUGGACUGAGGACGGCACUGGGGGUGACAAGCGUGGCAGAUUGGUGGCCAAACAGACAUACGAUGACGGACGUUGUUAUCAAGUAAAUGGGAGUCCCAUCUCUCAGGAUCGUCAGAAGCAGUUCCCCCACACGGCCGAUCCCGCUACAGGCACCGAUUUGGCGUGUCAAAACGACAUCAAGCUUCCUUCAGAUCUUCCGGCGGGCAAGCCAGUAACGGUAUACUGGGUCUGGGAUUGGCAUACAGAGCCAGGCGCGGCUUCAGCCAGCGGGAAGCCUGAAAUCUACACUUCAUGUCUUGAUGUAGAUAUCACCUCUUCGUCGAAACCCCGUAGCUUGAAAAUUCGGGGCGAUCCGGCAAACUACAACAAUCAAGCGAUACCGAAAUACCUGUCGGCGAUGGCGGCACCCUCAGCCGCUGCAACAGCCCCGGCUGCCUCGCCGGCACCAAGCAAUCCUGCUCCUCAGUCACCUGCUGCAGCCAAUGGUCCUGCACCCACCUCAGCUCAGGCUCAGAACCCGCCUAGUCAGCCAUCUGCUGCGGCACCGUCUGCUCAAGUGGGUUCGAACGAUGUUGCGGCGUUGAAAGCUCAGAUCGUCAGUCAAGUAGUCGCGGAAUUGAAGACAGCUGCCCCAACAGUCACCGUUACAGAUAGCCAAGCUGCAGCUCCUGCUGCAGCAUCCAGUCAAGCCCCGCCAGCCAACAACGCUCAGGCGGUUGCAUCGCAGGUCCCGCAGUCGAUGAUCCUUGCAUCACCAAUGAUGAAUCCUACCAUCAGCCCAGCUCAACCCGCAUUCUCGGGAACUGCAUCACCCGCUCCCCCUUCUGCUACUGGUGCUGUCAGUGGAGCGACUCAUUACAAGCGAUGUCAGGGUGACUGUCGAAAGAUCAAACGAUCUAGAAUCUUCAACGUUGGUGGACAAUAG